AUGGCGAAGGUAUUCGAUGCGACAGAAGGUAUUGCUUCUCCGCACUCUCCGUGGCCCCCCACGCGGGAUGUUUCGCUGAUUGAAGAAAUAGUCGCAAAACACAACACUCGUGAGAGCUGUUGGGUGAUUCUAUACGGCAAGGUCUACGAUGUCACCGACUUCCUGGGCAGCCACCCUGGCGGUGCGAUGAUCAUCCUGCAACUCGCGGGUCGGGAUGCCACGGAGGAGUACGAUCCAAUUCACCCGCCAGGCAUUCUGGAGGAGGAACUGAAGCCCGAGGCAUGUUUGGGAACGGUCGAUGUUAGCACAUUACCGAAGAAGGAGGCUCCCUCCGAUCCCCAGCACGAGGAUGAGGGACCACCGCCUAUGGAGAACCUACUCAACUUGGAUGAGAUUGAAGAAGUGGCUACUAAGCAAAUAAGCAAGAAGGCUUGGGCAUACUACUACUCCGCAUCCGACGACAAAGCCAGCAAGCACUUCAACACUCAAGUUUACCGUUCCAUUCUCCUACGACCUCGGGUUUUUGUGGACUGCACAAACUGCGAUCUGGAUACAGAGGUGCUCGGCCAUAAAAUACAGACGCCCAUCUAUGUCGCUCCAGCAGCCAUGGCACGUCUAGGCCACCCGUCCGGUGAGGCCGGCAUUGCAGAAGCAUGCCGUAGCUUCGGGGCUGUGCAGAUCAUUUCCAACAACGCUUCCAUGACCCCUGAGCAGAUCGUGAAAGAUGCCGCACCAGAUCAGGUCUUUGGUUGGCAGCUUUAUGUGCAAGUUGACCGCAAGAAGAGCGAGGCGAUGCUUGCCCGCAUCAACAAGCUCAAAGCGAUCAAGUUCAUUGUUCUCACUCUCGACGCCCCGGUUCCAGGGAAACGAGAGGAUGACGAGCGUAUGGGCAUGACCGGACGGACGGCCGCUGUAACAAGCGGCGUGAAAGCCGCCGAGCGCUCAGCAGACGACACGCCCAACCCUACCGAAGGGUCUGGCGGUGUCGGCCAGCAAUUGUUCGCAGGCACCGACCCCUCCUUGACGUGGACGAAGACUUUGGCUUGGCUCACUACACAGACGGAUUUGCCGAUUGUCUUGAAGGGUCUGCAGACCCACGAAGAUGCAUAUCUCGCCUCGCUGCACGCACCUCAGGUCAGGGGUAUUAUCCUCUCUAAUCACGGAGGACGUGCCAUGGACACUGCUCCGCCGGCCGUUCAUACUCUCUUGGAGAUUCGGAAAUACUGCCCGGAGGUCUUUGACAAGAUCGAGGUGUACGUGGAUGGAGGUAUCCGUCGCGGCACAGAUGCGGUCAAGGCACUCUGCUUGGGUGCAAAGGCAGUUGGCCUGGGACGUCCGGCUCUGUGGGGCUUAGCAGCGGGUGGAGUUGAGGGUGUUCGUCGAACCUUGCAGAUCCUGAACGACGAAAUGAAGACAUGUAUGCGACUGCUUGGAGUGGAGCGGGUUGAACAAUUGGGGCUCCAACAUAUCAACACCCGCGUUACGGAACAACAGAUCUACGAUGGUCCUGGCGGUCUUGAACCUUUACGGCGCGCAUUCCGGGCGAGACUUUAG